AUGGUUCAUCUCAAGUCUCUCGCAGGAAUUCUCCUGUACACCUCGCUCUGCAUUGCUAGCAGUCAACAGGCCCCUGCAAGCAUCAACAAUGCUUUCGUAGCCAAGGGCAAAAAGUACUUUGGCACUUGUGCUGAUCAGGGCACCUUGUCUGACGGCACCAAUUCAGGCAUUAUCAAAGCUGAUUUUGGCCAACUGACUCCAGAGAACAGCAUGAAGUGGGAUGCCACUGAGCCAUCACAGGGCAAGUUCAGCUUUAGCGGAGCGGAUUACUUGGUAAACUAUGCUGCGACAAACAAAAAGUUGAUCCGGGGACAUACCUUGGUGUGGCAUUCCCAACUCCCAUCAUGGGUCCAGGGCAUUACAGACAAGAAUACGUUGACUUCCGUCUUGAAGAACCAUAUCACAACGGUCAUGAAACGUUACAAGGGCAAAGUCUAUGCCUGGGAUGUGGUCAAUGAGAUCUUCAAUGAAGACGGCACAUUGCGACCCAGCGUGUUUUAUAAAGUCCUUGGGGAGGACUUUGUUCGUAUUGCAUUUGAAACGGCUCGUGCGGCCGACCCCCAUGCCAAACUUUACAUUAACGACUAUAACCUUGAUUCUGCCAACUACGGCAAGACCACAGGUCUGGCCAAUCAUGUUAAGAAGUGGAUCGCUCAGGGCAUCCCUAUUGAUGGAAUCGGUUCCCAAACCCAUCUUAGUACGCUUGCCGCCUCUGGCGUAUCUGAAGUCGCUAUCACUGAGCUUGAUAUUGCUAGAGCUAGCUCUAACGAUUAUGUGAACGUUGUAAAAGCCUGCUUGGAAGUCUCAAAGUGUGUUGGAAUUACUGUUUGGGGUGUUUCUGACAAGAACUCUUGGCGUUCAGCGGAAAGCCCAUUGCUUUUUGAUGGCAAUUACCAACCGAAGUCCGCUUACAACGCCAUUAUCAAUGCAUUGUAA